CCUUGCCGCUGCGUGGACACGGAGGGAUGGUGGAGUGGAAAGCACACGUUGAGGAAGAGGCUGCGGAGAGGGAGAAGCGGGCAGAGCGGUAGUGGCUCUGGUAGCAGCAACACGUAGUAGACGGUAGCACCGCGACGAGGACGCACGCGUUUCGUACACGUUGCUUCGGUAGUCUGUAGACUCGCUUCGAGCCAGUCUCACUCGGUCCGGUGGCGCAGUCGCGUUACGGGUACACAUUUUUUCGUAUCUCCAACCGCUACCAGAGAGCAUAGACACCACAACCACUAUCACCGUUACCACACACCACCGUCGAUCGUGUCAACACACACACACAGGACACGCAGGAACGACAGCAGGACCAUUCAGCAUCAGUUGUCCCUGGAAGAUAAGUUGUAGAAGCGAAGCCUUGCAACCUCGAAACGGCGCGAGAAUGAAGCUGUGGUGGAGUCUGGCGCUGGUGGGUGUCUCCCUGUUGAUGAUCAUCGUCACCGCCAAGGCGGAAUCCGAUCUCUGGGAGGAAGACGACAAGGAGGUCCUCGUGCGGACUGUUCGUGGCACGAAAGAGCGAGCAUCCGGCAGCACUGCGUCGUGCAGAUACGUGAAGGGUCAAUGGUCGGAAUGCGACUCGAAAACCAACACACGGUCCCGUACGCUGAACCUCAAGAAGGGCGACAAGUCCUGCGAGCAGACAAAGACGAUUCAGAAGAAGUGUAAAAAAGCUUGCCGGUACGAAAAGGGCACGUGGAGCGGAUGCGUGAAUAAGCAGAUGACGAGAAUGGACAAUUUGAAGCCGAACAGCGAUCCGUCCUGCGAGAAGACGCGUCGACUUAACAAGGGAUGUAAACCGGAGACCAACACCAAGAAGACCACUAAAGGUGAACGAUCGAACAAAAAGUCGGGAAAGCAGUAAGCUGGGAGAGUCGUCGAUCGAUCACUCAAAGGGGUGCGCGACGAUCUGUUUCGGCAACAGGCAACGAAAACACAAUCUUGUCUUUUCGACGUGAAACUCUAAUUUUCGAAUAAAAAAAACUACUGUCUAGCGUGAGCGUAAGAAAUGAACAUACGACAGCAGACAAUAUGGUUCUGCAUUUCAGCGUAACGGGCAGUGAUCGUGAUUCGAAAUAAAAGAUUUUCCAAACGUUGUCUAUAGAAGAUAACGGGACAUGUACGCGACAACGAUUUCGGAACAAAUUUCAACAAAAUUUCGGAUUAUCGCUGUCGGUACAUGGUCGAUCAUCGGUAACAGUUAUCGACUGUACGCGUUGGCACUUCAUAGAAUUACAACUUUCAUUUAGGCGUGGCCAAAAGUCACUUCAAUCGACGACGUGCUAAAGCAAAUAACUGUGACCGAUAAUGGCACUUCUUAGCCGUUCUACCGGCGUUGAAAUUACUGCGUACCAAUUUACGUGUGAAUAAUACGAAACCGUGUCCUCGAGGCAGUGGCAUAGUCAUUAAUUAUUGUUUAUCUUUCAGGUUUUAACAUACUCGUUUGAAGAAUUAAUAAAGUCGAAUAAGAAGUGUCUUUGGGCACAGAUAGGGUACAGGACAGAUCUAACCUCCAGUGUAUUUUUCACUCAUUCGAUGGAAUGAACUCCCUAAAUAAAUCUCUACACGUAUACAUAUUAUUUGAAUAAAUUUUUGUCCACGUGUGUUGAGAACAUGCAAAACCCCCAAGUUUCAUGAGAUAGAUGUAUCCUAUACUUUAUCUGUGCCUCAAAUGUAUAUACGCGACUGAUAAGACAAACAUUGACCCCGGUUACAUUUGGAAACCAAAUUUAUAAAUAGACUACGGAUAUUUAUGCAAACGUCGACUUUUUGGAGGCCAGUUUACAAAGAGUAAAAGCAUGGAACAAUUAAUUUCACCAAUAAAGUGGUUUAUUAUGUUUAAAAUAAAGUGAAAACUGCAAAAAUUAU